CUACUCCGAAAGAUUCUUGUUUUUCUUAUGAAAAUGAAAUACGUUCUCUCGAAAGCAACAUGGCCUCACUGACCACGCUCCCCUCGCUUUUAGAUUUUCGUCACGCUUUUCAGAUUUCAGAACUCAAAACCGCUAUAAGGCUCUGCCCUUAGUUCUCUCGAAAAGAAGAGCCAGAAGAAAUGGACUUUCCCUCUGCAGCACUCUCUCUAUCAGAUCAACAGCAAAUGAAGGUGAUAGAGAAACUAGAAGUUUUCAAGAUCCAGGGCCGAGACAAGCUUGGCCGAAAGGUUCUUCGCAUCGUCGGAAAGUCUCUUCCAGCUCGUAGUGCAAGCAAAGAGGCUCUGAAUGAGUACUUGAAGGAGAAAAUCUUACCAAAAUUAGAGGAAAAGCCGUUUUCAAUCGUCUACGUGCACACUGAUGUUAAUCGCAGCGAAAACUUCCCCGGAAUUUCUACCCUCCGAUCUAUCUACGAGGCUAUUCCGGUGAACGUGAAGGAUAAUCUCGAAGCUGUCUACUUUGUCCACCCGGGCUUGCAGGCCAGAUUCUUCCUCGCCACCUUUGGCCGUCUCCUCUUCACCGGAGGGUUGUACAGGAAGGUGAACUAUGUGACGAGGCUGGAGUUUCUGUGGGAUCACGUGAGGCGGAAUGAAAUGGAGAUACCAGAGUUUGUGUACGAUCACGAUGAGGAGCUGGAGUACCGUCCGAUGAUGGACUAUGGGAUAGAGAGUGACCAUCCUAGAGUGUAUGGUGCACCACCUGCUACGGACUCUUCCGUAUCCAUCUACUCCAUGCGCUGUAUCGGAUAGUUUACCAGAACCAAGGUCACUGAGUGGUUUUGGACUUUUGGUUAUGCUUAUGGUUGCACCUAGCUUGGAGGAUAGAGUAGCUUGUUGUUUUAGGACCAUAUAUUGUACAAAGACGGCUUGCUUGUUGGUUAGCUAAUAACUAGUUUGAAAAAAUGGCAAGGAUUCAAACAAAUUUCAAUGCAAAACGGCAAACAGAAAACGUACACAAA